AUGAGCAGUGGACUUGCCGACUUUGACGGAGAUGAUGUGAAGGUGCCGAUUGUGUCCGCACAGCCACAUAUGGGUGUGGGCAUGGGAACACACAGUGCCGUUGCCCUGGGAGGGUUUCAGGACUUUUGUCUCAAGAGCGAACUCGCCAACGCCAUCCGCGAGAACGGCUUUGAGCACCCAAGCGAAGUGCAACAUCAGGCAUUGCCGCAGGCGAUGCUCGGCGCUGACAUUCUUGCGCAGGCCAAGUCCGGUAUGGGGAAGACGGCUGUCUUUGUCUUUGCACUGUUGGAGCAAAUUGAAAAGGUGCCAGAGGGGCAGAAGCCGCAUUGUCAGGGAAUUGUUGUCGUCCACGCCCGAGAGUUGGCGUACCAGAUCGAGCAGGAGUUCAAGCGGUUUAACAAGUAUUUGCCGUAUUGCACCACUGGUGUCUUUUUUGGUGGAAUCCCAGAGGACGAAAACGUGAAGCAGCUCAAAAAGGAAGUCCCCGCGAUAGUGGUGGGAACACCGGGGCGCCUCAGCGCACUUAUUCAGCGCAAGGCUCUCGAUGUGUCGCGCGUCAAGUGGUUUGUCGUGGAUGAGUUUGACCGCUGUUUAGAGGAUGUGAAGAUGCGCCGUGAUGUACAGACGGUAUUCCUCAAGACACCCAAGGAGAAGCAAGUGAUGAUGUUUUCCGCUACAAUGACCGAUGAACUUCGUAAUGUGGCGAAGAAGUUUAUGAACAACCCAACGGAGAUAUAUGUGGAUCAACGGGCAAAGCUUACACUGCAUGGGCUCGCACAGUAUUACAUGAAUGUCACGGAGGCGCAGAAGCUCCGGAAGCUUUGCGACAUUCUUGAUGCUGUGGAAUUCAAUCAGGCUAUUAUUUUUACAUCCUCUGUGGAGCGUUGCGAGGCGCUCAGCCGUCAGCUGCAGGCUCUUAAGUUUCCUGCAAUGGCCAUUCACUCUCGCAUGGAACAGCCUGAGCGACUUCGUGUGUAUGAGAGCUGCAAAUCAAACCACACCCGCAUUAUUGUUGCCACGGAUCUUUUUGGUCGUGGUGUCGACAUUGAUCGUAUAAACCUUGUGGUGCAGUUUGAUAUGGCAUCCGAUGCGGAUUCAUGCCUUCAUCGCGUGGGUCGUGCGGGUCGCUUUGGCACGAAGGGCCUGACGAUUGCCUUUCUCACCGAUGAGGAGAAGGAGAUUAAACGUGAGAACCGCAAGUACACCGAUCACGGCGUCAUGAAGGAACUCCAGGAGAGGUUCGAGAUGCAGGUACGGGAGCUGACAGACAUCAGCACUCAACUUAACCAGAGCCAGUACAUGAAUCAGUAA